AUACUUGGGAGUUGUGUUGACAAUUGGCAUCAGUGUACAGAAGGAAAAUACUUUAGCAACACCGCAAAGUUCCACCUAAAACUACAAUGAUGAGUGUCCGCGUAAAUAAUUUCAACGAAAACUUUCUCAAUGAAACCGAAGGCGACUCGAACUCGGUGCUGAUGGACUUGGACAAGGGUCUCAGGUCGAACAAAAUCGGUGACCAGUGUGAAGCAAUUAUCCGGUUCCCCAAGCUGUUCGAAAGGUAUCCCUUUCCCAUCCUGAUCAACUCGUCGUUUUUGAAGCUAGCCGAGUUUUUCCGCAUUGGUUCGAAUCUGUCCCGGCUGUGGAUCUUGCGCGUAUGCCAACAAAGCGAAAAGCACCUAGAAAAGAUCAUAAACAUCGAUGAAUUUCUCAAACGCAUCUUUAUGGUGAUCCAUUCGAAUGAUCCGGUUGCACGUGCCCUAACGCUGCGCACUCUCGGUGCGGUUGCGUUCGUGAUAUCGGAAAAGCAACACGUUCACCAUGCGAUACGAAUGGCACUGGAUAGUCACGAUACGGUCGAGGUGGAAGCGGCUAUUUUCGCAAGCGUGCAGUUUGCCGCACAGUCAAAAACGUUUGCCGUAGGCAUGUGUUCCAAGGUGGCAUCGAUGAUCGAGAGUUUACAGACGCCGGUUAACAUGAAGCUGCAUCUGAUACCGGUGCUGAGACACAUGCAUCACGACGCAAGUACGGCAGCUCUGGUGCGAGCCCUGUGCCGAGAUCUGCUGCCGAAGUAUCCAUCCGAGCAGUUUGUGGUGGAGAUUAUACGCUCACUGUCACAGCUGUCCUGUGCCACGUUGGUCGAUAUACCGGAUCAGGUAGAUUUGCUGCUGGUGUACUUGCACGAUCCGAGGAAACGUGUCCAGUCGACGGUUUUGCUUUCGUUGAAGAAACUGGCCGAAAAGGGUGCAUAUUUGUGGCCAAAAACGGCCAUCAGCCGUCUGCUGCAGCUUACCGGGCAGUGCAGCAAUCAAAACAUGGCGCUGGAUGUUAUACUGACGCUUACCAAAUGUCCACACACGUGCCAUACGAUGCUGAACGAAGAGCAGCAGCAGAUACUGGACGUGUGUAAAAACUGUCUCCUGAUGGAGAACGAAAGUGGUGGCCGUGCAAUGACGAUCCUGACCAGUCUCAUCACGUACUGCCAUACGGAAAACAUCCCACCGCCAGUACACGUGCUAGAGUAUUUGGAUAUGCAUCUGGAGUUUCUCAUCCAAGCGUCGUUGCAGAAUAAAUCGUCCCUGAAAGACUUCCGGCUGUAUCUGAAAUGUGGCGUACAGCUAUCCAAGACGAGCCGUGAGUUAGGUGAAAGCUUUGCCGAAAUGAUCGCUGAAAUGCUAAGCGAGGAGCAUUCCUCUUCGACUGCGAGCCACUCGAAGCUGAUCUGUGAGGCACUGGGAGCGAUCUGUUCGAAUGUGAUCGUAUCGUGUGAUUUUUAUGAAAAUCAAAAGCCCGGCACAAGUCCUUUCAGUGCUGUUAUGCAGCACCUACUGCGGAAGCUGGAAACACUCGCGAAACACGGUGGAGAAUUGGACAAAGAGAAGACGAAUAUUGUGGAGUUGCUGGCAGCUAUUUGUAUGCAGGCAAUGCUUGGCUCCUUUAUGCCGGAUAAUGUGAUUGCAAUUUUCAUGCAGCUGCUGCAUACGACGAACCCUUGGACGCAGUAUCGUAUCGCACGGUCGGCCUCCCGUUACGGACAACAUUUUCUUGCCGCUUUGAUUUACGAGAAGCUGUCGAAGAAUAUUUCUCUGGAGAAUCUACACUUUUAUCUAGUGGCGCUGAGUCAAAUAUCGAAAGCGGAAUGCAUUCUUAACCAUGGACAGGAGUAUGAAACCCUCGCCCAGAAGCACAUCAAGCGAGAACCAGGUGAACAGUUACCAGUCGUAGGUUUCCUCUCCCUAAUCGAUAGACUCGAGAAAGCAAUAAAUCUGUACUGCAUAGCAUUGUCCACUCUGAAAGCGAGCUCAUCUCCACAGCAUCCGCUUGGGUUCCAGUCGGAACUGAUUCGCCUGCGUUGCAUGUUUCUCGAGGUGCUGCACAGUGUGGUAAUCACACGGAACACUCUGUGCAUUACUCCUCCCUCGGAAAUCUCUCAAACACUCGCGCAAAAUUGUCGUGAUCCGCUACAGAAAUACGGCCACAUCACGAACCAACUGCGGAAGCACGUGAAGCUGUUGAAAAACUGCGAAGACGCAUACAAUCGUCUGUACAAAAGCUCGUUCGAUGCAGACCCAGGAACACUGGAACACCUGGAAGCGGUGCAGCAUCUGUGCGCCACACUGCAGCUAUCGAUCGAAACGAUUUCCUUCAUAAACCCGUCGGAAACACCUAAAAUUGCACCUCAAUCGAGUCAUCCGGAGACACGAUACUUGCUGUCCGUCUGCCGGACGGUAACGAAACAACUUCAGUUAAUUCCGGCCGAAGUCCCAGGAAGCACCAAGACGCUCACCCAUGAACAUACGGACAUGAUGAUGAAGCAAAUCGAAACGGUGGUACGAUCGUCCCAUUGUACACCGCGAUUCUUCUUCCAGGUGCUGCAAAACACCGCCGUGAAAUUGGCGCUUACCCCGCAACCUAGGGGCACCGGAGAACCGGUGUUUGUGCAACCGAACAGUCAUCUGGUGGUGAAGGUAGAAGGCGUUAUCCAGCACUACGGACGUACGCCAUCCCUUUUCCGAGCGAUUAACAGUAUCCAGCUGACACUGAACUCCACCUUGAUGACGUCGCGCCCGAAUGAUGUAAAGUUGCUGUCCGAUAGUGUCACGCUGACGCAAGUCGUGAAACCGCAUAGAGAUUUCCUAAGUGGUAGCUUCCUGAUUGCGCUCAACAAUACGGCCCACACUUUUAACGGGGGUCAGGUUAGCUUGGGUGGCCAAUGGCAGCUGAACCUGGAGACGUGCAUCAUCGACGACAAUGGUGUAAUGUGGCAGACGGGUCCAAAAAGUACGCUACUGGUGCGCAUUCCGGAGGAUAAUCACAAACAGGUGCUGGGAAUGCAAUCCACCGUGCGGAGGUUUUAAGUGUGGGUUUUUAUUUUAUAUGUAUGAUCGUAAAUGGUUAAAUAAAAUAGGAAUAUGAGUAUUAUCAAAAUGUG